GGGUUUUGCCCUUUUCAGUGUGCAGUGAGAGGCAUAACUGGCAGAUAAAAUAUAUGUUAUACAUGUUAAUGACAGGCGUUGAGCUUUGAUGUGUAAUAGGAAGAAAGCUCCCUCCUUUUUUUUCCUGGGGAAAGACAGAAAUAAUUUUUUCAAGUGUAGGUGUGGAAAACACCUCGAGAUGCUUGCCCCCUUCUGCAGGUACAGGUGCCCUUCCAGCAGGCUUAUUGCCCUAUUUUGCAGAUCAGGUAUCCUUCCAGCAGGCUUUUUGCCCUAUUUUGCAGGUCAGGUGUCCUUCCAGCAGGCUCCUCAGCCCGUCAGUCCCUUCUGUCACAUCAGGAUUCCUCCUGCCUUACCCCGACUGAUGCUGUUCGCCCUGCCCCUGCGAGUAGCCUGCAGCCUGCUUGCCUGGCUCUCCCUCUACGCUUGGUUCUGCCAUCGCUACAAGCACCGGAGUUACGAAUGGAGCUGCAGGCUGGUCACGCUGACCCACGGCAUCCUCGCUACCUGUCUCUCUGCUUACAUUGGCUUCAUCGACGGCCCCUGGCCUUUGAGUCACCCAGGAUCACCAAACACAACUCUCCAGGUACACGGGCUGUGCCUUAGCUUGGGCUACUUCCUCUUCGACCUCUGUUGGUGUGUGUACUUCCAGACAGAGGGUGCCCUGAUGCUGGCCCACCACCUGGUGAGCAUCCUGGGCAUCACAGCAUCCCUGGCACUCGGGGAGUCGGCCGCAGAGGUCAACGCUGUCAUCUUCGGCAGUGAGAUCACGAACCCGCUGUUGCAAGCCCGCUGGUUCCUGAAGGAGACGGGGUGUUACCAUAGCCUCACAGGCGACGUGGUGGACUUCUUCUUCGUGGUCCUCUUCACCGGGGUGCGGAUCGGAGUGGGGGCCUGGCUGAUGUACUGUGAGCUCGCCUCUCCCAAGCCCAGGUGGUACAUCAAGCUGGGUGGCGUCAUCAUGUACGCUGUCUCCUGGGUCUUCAUGGUCAGCAUCUGUUGCUUCGCUAGGAGGAAGAGCAUGAAGAAGUACCACGCUUGGAGGAGUCGGAGGAGUGAGGAGCCGUACUUGAAAACGAACGGACAUCUGAAAAACCACUGACUGGAUGCUGAGUAAAAACUUCCUCGAGUUCACGGUCUGGCAGGAAGGGGAUCAUGCCUGAGAUGCCACUGUCGGGAGAGGAGCCAACGCACGUUAGCAAUUCUGGAGCCAAAUUUAUCCCUGGCAUAACUCCAUCGAAAUCCAUGGAGCUGUGCCAUGGAUUCAUCGGAUCUGCAGUGUUUGGCCUGGCAGAGGCUAGCUCGGUGUGUACGUAAACAUACGCUAAAUGAUAGGAGUGAAAGAAGGGCUAAUUUUACUGACUAACCGUAACUGGUCCAGCAGUGCAGGUGUAAAUAGCAGUGUUAGCAGCUAACUCCUUCAGCAUUGCUAUGGUCUUGGAAGAGAGGAGAAAAUAAUGCUAGAUGUUGAUGUUCAGUGUCCUGUACAGUCUAGACAGCUGGAGUGACUACCUACUGCUAGGAAGGAGUAUGUUUUAGUGUUUCGUGGGAGUUGGGAUUCCUGGCUCUUCCACCAACUUGUUAUGUGACCUUGGGCAAGUCACUUAACUCUCUAACUCUGUGCCUAAUUUCCCCAUUUGUGAAUUGGGGGUGAUGGAGCCGAUCCAUCUGUGUUAUGCACUUUCAGAUCUUUACUUGAGAGGUGCUAUAUAAACGCAAAAUGGUGGUUGUUACCUGCACUUUGUUCAUUAUCCCCACGGUUCCUUUGGGAGACGUGGUUCUGGUGGUUGAGCUAGAGCGUGACUCUAGAAAGAACAGUAUUUUAAGUAGGUCACUCUUUCCUACCCUUUCUAAUUCCUUUCAAUAACUUAUUUAAUAACGUAUUGGUAACUUAUUUUUCAGUAGUGUCCAGAAGCUCUGGUCAGCACUGGCACCUUGCAGGACUCGGUGCUCCAUGAACACACCCAAAGAUGCAGCCCCUGAUGGGAAGCGCUUUUGUGACGUUUUUCCUCCUCUUCACUCCUGACUGUUAAAGCUCUGCCCACGCCCUCUAAAUACUGCUCCUAGCUCCGUGAGUGACCAACACUCUCCUUUAUGAGGAGCCCCAUCAGGACUUGUCAGUAAGUGGUUUUCUGACCUCCAACACGGGCCCAGCACUGCUGUGUCUGCAGAACGGCAAAUUUCCCUCUGCUUUAUUUUUUGGCCUAAAUGCAGGCAUGGUGUGGAGCAAGCCUGAGACCCAAUGGCUUGUCCUGAGACUGUCAAAUACUUUCCCCAAGCUGUAACUUCUAAAAACGAGAGCAGUAAAUGUAUGGAGUGUUUGCAGAUCACUACAGAAUAAUCUGUACUUGCCAUUACUGGCAGCCUAAAGGGAACAGGGUGCAGAACCCAAUCUGUAGUAAAGGCUGUGUAUUUUUGUUGUUCUUGAAGGUGUCCUUCCGGAUUCCUGUCGCUGUGUCUGAACCCAGAGUCCGUCCCAGCGUUUAAAGACAGUGGAGGACUGUAGGUGGUGGUAUAAAUACAGCUCACUUGAAAUGAACAUUAAUAUUUUUCCCAAGGUCCAUAGAUAACAGUUUUGACAAGAGUGUUUCCUCAGAUCCAAACUGGAAUUUUUGGUUAAAGAGUAGCCAGGAUACAGCUUCAAAACCUGCUAGUUAGGGUGGGAGAGACACCCAGCUCCAGAUCUGUCCUAUGCCCUCUUCAAGCCAGAGACCUAAUCUGGACUCUUCUUCAUCUGCAUUGAUGCUUUGACCUCUGGGCUUUAAAUUCACUUCUCUCUUCCUGAUUAGAUCUGGUUCACUUUAUGAAAGUGAACAUUUACAGGGUAAGGGAGACUUACUUUAUAGCCCAAUAAUUAAAGAAAUGAGAGGCACAGAAUCUGGCAUUUUUUAAGCAGAAAAGCGUACUUGUCUGGGAGAAAAGAUGUUAAUUAUCUGGUCCCAUUUACAGGAAGAAAACCUGCUGCCCAGCUGGCAGCUGCUGGCGUUUGUUUUCCUAUGUGUUCUUUAAGCUCUGUACUCAGCACCAGGGCUGUCAUGUUGCUGCCAGCCUUGCCUGUUGCAGCCAAAGGGCUUCCGAUCAGCAGAGCCGGCUGGUGGUGAGCUGGUCCUUCAACCCAAACUUGACUCAUUCGGCACAGCGCGGCGAUGUGACUGCCUUGGAGGGAGGCAAGAAGGGCUAGUCAGGGCUCGCUGGUUCUUUCCCAGCUCUGCUGCGGGCGUGGGAUGUGUCAAGGAGCCUUUUUGCCUCAGCUUACCCCCCUUGUGAAGCGGGUACAAUGUUCAGCUACCUCGUGGGGCGUUUCCAUCUGUUAACCCUAAGCCACCUUUGAUGAAAGCUUGGUGGUCUCUGUCAAGCUGUGCUGUAUAAAGGCGAAUUGCUGUUGCUCGGAGUGAAGCACUUCUCUCUGUGGCCCAUAUUAAGUUAUUUCUAAUCUGAACAUGACACUUCCCAGCAUCAGGCUUGUUUAAAAGCACGAGUCCAAGGUGCUUUGCAGCGGUGCUUAUGGAUAGGAGUCGAAACAAGUGAGCUAGACAUCCAUGUAAAAAUGAGCCCAGGUCCUUCUUGUUCAGCUAGACUCCCAGGUUAAAGAAAGGAUGUCUGGUGGGCGUUCCCUACUGAGGACUGCAUCAAAUCUGGAGUCAGAAGAGUUUCGGCAGCCAGCCUGACCAGGGAAUAAGGGCUAAGAUCGCAGGGAGGGCUUUCAGCAGCAGGUCCUGAGGAAGCACAGCUGAAAACGGAGGCCGUUCAUUUCUCAGUGCAAUUGUCUUGCCCAGCAGGAGCAGUUUCCUGAGCAGACUUGAUGAUUCGGAUCCCAAACUCUGGUGAGAUUUGGUGCGCAGCUUAAUGCGUGGCUGUAGCCCUUCUGUGCGCAGCCUGCCGGGGUAGGAAUGGAGAAUAAGGAUGCCAGUUAGUGACUGCAGGUAUCUGUGAAGCACCUUGCGUGAAAAUAUUAAGAAAGGCAAUGCACUUAAUGGCUGAGGGAGCCCCCUUCUAUGAACUGGGGGGAACUGGGUUGGAAGAAGCAGGGCUCAGUGAUCAAUGUUGAGGCUUUAGAAGUUAAGCAAAGGCACCAAAAAACAAAAAAGCAGUUAGGAAUGGCUCUGUGAGGUAGAGCUAGCAGUGAUGUCGCAGAGCAAGGCUUUGUAGUCUGUCUGGUGGGCUCCAGCAUAGAAUCACAGACCCAAGAAGAAGAAGAACCUGUAAGCUGUGGAGCACAUGGAGGGACCUGUCCUCAGGCUUGUCCAUGGUGCCUGCAGCAAGUGUAAAAGGAAACUGCAGAACUAGUGUGAUAUAAUGACUUGUGUUUGCAUUACUGUGUAAUAGCAACUAAUGUUCCACCAGUGAAUGGUGUAGAUGCUUUGUAUUAUGUUUUAUAAAAUAAAGAUUAUUUAAUUAUAUGAGG